AUGACAAAUCUCGCGACUGAGAAGCAAUUCGAUUUCGACGAUCUACAUCCGUCGCCGGAUAAACGUCCAGAGAACGAGCACGACAUAGAAAAAUCCACUAGUACUGUCGAAGAGAUCCUGCAGCAAGUGCAACGCGAAUUGUGCCUGAUCAAGUUUUGGCCGGAUGUCUCCAUAAUGACGGAAAACCUCUACGUACGAUCACUUCCGAAUACCUAUCGUUGUGUCAGUGACAAGGAGCGACUACUACUGUGGUACGCGGAAAAUUUUCGACGGCAGUUCUAUGCGAAGUAUGUGAAUCGCCGACCGUUGUUGUUAGCCUGCGAAAAUGAAUGUCGUGUACAAAAAUUUGUAUCUACAAGUAUCAGACGAAGUACGUUGCCGUAUCCGGAAUUAUAUACAUGGCGUGGAUGUAUACAAUUCAUCAGUGAUAACAUCGAGUAUCAGCCACUAGCCGAAGCUUUCAUUAUGGUAAGUAAAAAAAUCUGGAAAGGAAUAAUUUGAG